GUAACGUUGGUUUUCAGCUCAUCUACUUCACCCGCCUCCCAAAAGAAGCCAAUUUUUCUCUGCUAUCUUCACAUUCAAUGCUCAUCCGUCCCUGUAAUACCUGUCCAUUAAGCAACCCUCUUCUGUUUCCUCGACAAAUCCGCCUCUUCUCAUUCAAAUCACCUCCCAACUUUAUAUACCUGUAUGCACUUGCCUUAACCAAACUCCAUCAGGCAACCAAGCUUCCACGUUGCUUCUUGCUCUAUUUAUACCCUCCAAAUAAUACCCACUUCUUAGAUCUCCUUCUUUACCAGCUCAGAUCCAUAUAAUCCGCGUUCCCUGCUACUAUGGAGUUCUGUGUCUUGGAGACCCUCAAGUCUCAGCCUAUCUGGCUUACCGCACUCUUCAUUUUGGGUUCUCUUUCUCUUCUCAAAUGUUCUUUAUCUAUUCUUAAAUGGGUUUAUGUUACUUUCCUUAGACCCGCCAAGAAUCUGAAGAAGUACGGCUCGUGGGCUUUGGUCACAGGACCCACUGAUGGGAUAGGCAAAGCUUUUGCUUUUCAGUUGGCUAGGAAAGGGCUUAAUCUCGUAUUGGUUGGUCGCAGUCCGACUAAACUGAAGGAUGUUUCUGAUUCAAUUCUAGCCAAAUACCCCAAAACCCAGAUCAAUACUGUAGUUGUUGACUUCUCUGGAGAUCUCGAUGAGGGUGUUACAAGGAUUCGCGAGGCUAUUGAGGAAUUGGAUGUUGGUGUUUUGAUCAAUAACGUUGGUGUCUCAUAUCCUUACGCGAGGUUUUUCCAUGAAGUUGAUCAAGAGUUGUUGAGGAAUUUGAUCAAGGUUAAUGUCGAGGGAACCACCAAGGUUACUCAGGCUGUUUUGCCAGGGAUGCUACAGAGGAAGAAAGGUGCAAUUGUGAAUAUUGGCUCUGGUGCUGCUAUUGUUAUUCCUUCUGAUCCUCUUUACGCCGUUUAUGCUGCCACGAAAGCGUAUAUCGAUCAAUUUUCGAGGAGUCUGUAUGUUGAAUACAAGAAAAGUGGGAUUGAUGUGCAGUGUCAGGUUCCGUUAUAUGUAGCAACCAAGAUGGCAUCAAUCAGGAGAUCUUCCUUGUUUGUUCCAUCGUCAGAUGGUUAUGCUAAGGCAGCUUUGCAAUGGAUAGGUUAUGAGCCUCGUUGCACGCCAUACUGGCCGCACACUCUCCUCUGGGGUUUGGCAUCCUUAUUGCCGGAGAGUAUCGUUGAUGCAUGGCGUCUGCACUUUUGUCUCGGAAUUCGAAAAAGGGGACAACUCAAAGAUGCUAGGAAGAAGGAAUAGAUAUAAUGAAGGAAUAGUCAGUCAGGCUGAUUUAACUUGAAGUUAUGUUUGAAACAUUUCUACUGCAUCCCCCCCAAUAUAACUAUUCAGACUGCUUAAUUUUGAGUUCAGGUUCUUGAAUCGGUUUAUUUUUGCUUUCCUCAAGUGUUAUUUUGUGGCAUCUAUUUAUGUUUGUCGAGAGUAACAUUAUAAAUUUAAUAAUUUUUUGG